AUGGCCGAGCCGGUAGGACUGGCUUCCGGGCUAUUGGCCCUGGCUACGUUCGCCUUCCAAUCCAGCAUUACGCUUUACAGCACUGUCCAGAGUUUUCGAGACCAUCCCAAACGUGUGCGCGAUCUCAUUGAGGAGCUUGAAGCUUUGAGCGGAGUCUUAGGCCCACUUACGGAGACGACGACCUUUCGGGGGUGGGCUAAACUCAAGUACAUGGGUGAUGAUAUCGACGGAUUUAGGCGGUUGUUAUCCGGCUACAAGUCGACAAUCACUAUUGCCCUCACUGACGCCAAUCUCCGCGUAUGCUCUGCCACCGCCGAGACCAUUCGAAGCUACAAAGACCUUGUCGAGACAGCGCACAGUGACCUCCGGGCUCACCUCGAAAGUAUCGACGAGAAAAUAGGUGUCUUUCUCGCAGACGCCAUAUCGGAGACCGGCUCAGGCGCGCCAGAAUUGCAAACCAUGCAGGAAGAGCGAUUGAGCACGCAGCGAUGCCUUGAAAUUUGUGACCAACUGUCGAAGCAUAUCGAUGAAUUUCAGCUGGCCACCAAACGCAGUGGAAGCUCGUCCGAAAAUGAAGAGACAGCUACGUUCCCCGAAAAGGUCGUCAAUGAGGGUCUGAAUGGGUGCAGGAAGACCCUUGACAACACAGUCGUGAAACUGGGACAACACGAGAAGGAUUUGUUCGAUCGCUUGAUGGGGAAAAAAAUACUGCGCCACGCCUUGCACUUUAGUCUUUAG